AUGUGCGAUCCGGGGGAGCCGCGCCCGGCCGCGCCGCCUCCGUCGCCUGCCCCGGGGGCUGCGGUGGGUGCGGCUGCUCCCGCUCCCGCAGACGCCGAGGCUCGGCCGCCGGAGACGCCCACCAGCCCCUACCUCACCCCGGACUUUGGCAAGGAGGACCCAAUGCAGAUCUUGGACGACACUCCGCCGCCACCAGCCCCGUUCACCCACCGCAUCGUCCAGCUGAGGACGGGGGACUUCAGAGAUACCUUCAGCAUCAACACCAAGGACAUGCUAGGCGGGGGGAAGUUUGGAGAAGUCCGAGUGUGCACUGUGAAGGAGACGGGCCUCAAGCUCGCCGUGAAAAUUAUCAAGAAGCAGGGGCCAAAGGACCGGGAGAUGGCCGAGGUGGAGAUCGACGUGAUGAAUCAGCUGAACCACCAGCACCUGAUCCAGCUGUACGACGCCAUUGAAACGCCGAGGGAGAUCAUGCUCUUCAUGGAGUUCGUCGAGGGCGGGGAGCUGUUCGAGCGGAUCAUCGACGAGGACUACCGGCUCACCGAGGUGGACUGCAUGGUGUUCGUGCACCAGAUCUGCGACGGGAUCCUGUUCAUGCACCGCAUGCGCGUGCUGCACCUGGACCUCAAGCCCGAGAACAUCCUGUGUGUGACUGCCAAGGGCCACAUGGUGAAGAUCAUCGACUUCGGACUUGCCCGAAGGUACAAUCCCCGGGAGAAGCUGAAGGUGAACUUUGGCACGCCGGAGUUCCUGUCGCCCGAGGUGGUCAGCUACGAGCAGGUGUCCUACAGCACGGACAUGUGGAGCAUGGGCGUGAUCACAUACAUGCUGCUGAGCGGACUCUCCCCUUUCUUGGGGGACAACGACACAGAAACCCUUAACAACGUCCUGGCGGCCAGCUGGUAUUUUGACGAAGAAGCCUUCGAGGGGAUCUCUGACGAAGCCAAGGACUUUGUCUCCAACUUGAUUAUCAAGGAAAAAAGCGGGCGAAUGAGCGCCGCUCAGUGUCUCCAGCACCCCUGGCUCAACAAUUUGGCGGAAAAGGCCAAGCGGGUCAACCGGCGCCUGAAAUCCCAGGUCCUGCUCCGGAAGUACGUGAUGCGGAGGCGCUGGAAGAAAAACUUCAUUGGCGUGUGUGCUGCUAACAGAUUCAAGAAGAUCACCAGCUCGGGGUCCCUGACGGCACUGGGGGUCUGAGCGUGGUGGGGCCGGACCCUCGGGGAGGAAUCGAGCGGCACGGAAGCAAGAGUGAGGAG